ACGGCGGGCCCCACGCACGCAACAAAAAACACAAACUAAAACUAAAACGAAUAAAACAAAACAGCAGUGAAUCAAUGAUAUUGCUAAUGAAACAAUAACAAUAAAUCAUAAAAGUAUACACUAGAAGAAAUAAAUGUGAUCGAAAGCUCAUUUGCCACAGUAAACGGUGGCAAGAUGACCAAAGCAAUGUAAACAAUACCAAAAAAUGAAAGAAACUUUAAGCUCAAAGGUGCCAACAACAAGAAUAGUGGGUGUUACAUUUGUAUCUGCAACGGAUCCAAAGAUCAAAUUGGCCAAUAGUAAUUCCUUAUCAACAUCAUCGACCUCAACGAUAUCAUCAACAACGACUGCCACAACAUCGGCAACCUCGACACCACCGUCUCCACCGACUUCGUAUGUGAUCAAAUGUCUAUUGAGAACGGCGCGUUUUAUGUGGCAAGUGACGACAAUACCUUCUAAAAUUGGUGAUACCAUUGGUACACUGUACCGUUAUGCUCAGGAUUCAGUCGAUAGUUUUCUAUGCGUAGCUGGCAAGGCCCGUCGCAAGGAACGCGAUGGCGAUCAAAAUUCAACAGACACCAAAUUGUAUUUGGAGGAGAGUGUCCUAGAACGUAAAUUACCUGAAGCUGAUCUCAAAGCCUUAGUGGAUCUUCCAGCUGGUUUGGAUUACAAUGAAUGGCUAGCGUCACACACCCUGGCUCUAUUUGAGCACGUGAACUUGGUCUAUGGAACUAUUAGUGAAUUUUGUACACAAUCCGGUUGUGCCGAUAUGACCGGACCCGGCAACAGAACGUACUUAUGGUUCGACGAGAAGGGCAAGAAGACGCGCGUAGCAGCGCCUCAAUACAUCGACUAUGUGAUGACAUUCACCCAAAAGACGGUCAGCGAUGAGUCGAUAUUCCCAACCAAAUACGCCAACGAGUUCCCCGGCUCGUUCGAGUCGAUCGCGCGGAAGAUACUACGCUUGCAAUUUCAUGUGAUAGCGCAUCUGUAUGCGGCGCAUUUCCGAGAAAUCGCGCUGCUCGGCUUGCACACCCAUUUAAAUCUGACGUUCGCGCACCUCACCGCCCUCCACCGGCGCUUCAACCUGAUCGAUGAGAAGGAGACGGACGUUCUGCGCGAUUUGGAGGUGGCCCUUCGUCUCACCGAUGACACUGGUGGCUGUCAGGAUGCCUCAUCCUCGUCAUCGGUUCAUGAGCACUCCUCCGCCGCCUCAGCUGGUGACCUGCAGCAGCAGCAGCAUCAUCAGCAUCAGCAACAGCAGCAGCAGCAGCAACACCACAACAGCAGCAGCAACAGCAACAGCACCUCCUCGGCGGAGGCCCUGCAUGUCAAUUCACAAAGCAACAAUGGCAGCACAUCCGCCUCGGCAUCUGUAUCCCUAAUCGAUGGCGAUGCGGCGGCGCCGCCAAUUUGCACGCAACCAGAGGCCGGAGCGGGCUGUAAGCCGGCCGGCAGCAGUGGCCUCUUAGGCGGCAUACUGGGCGACCUGACCAGCGGCGAGUUUGGUGAUACAACGCGCUACUGCACCUCGGCGGUUCCUCAGGCGGCAACGGCUGCUGCGACAGCGGGAGCGGGUGGAGCGGCAACCGGAGGACCGGAUGCUGCCGCUUUGAAUAAUGGCGCGGGCGCACUACAUUUAAACUUUAGCAACAAUAAUAACAAUAAUCAUAAUCUGAAUCACUUGAACCAUCACCACCAUCACCAUCAUCAUCAUGGACACGGCCACCAUGGCCAUCAUCACCAUGCGGCGCAGCAGCAGUCACAGCAGCAGCACAGCGGGCUCAUACAGUGCAAUGCGGCGGGCGGUGGCGGUGGCGGCGGUGGUGUCGGAGUCGGUGGUACCGGAACAGCCACUGCAGCUGCAUCCUCCACCACCACGGCAUAGUGUGCGGCUAACUAGAGAGCAGUAACACCAGCAGGAGCAGCAGCAAACAGCCACAACAAAAAGAGAAAAGAAAAAAACAUUAGAAAUACUAGAUUUACGCAAAAAUGUUAUUUAAUGUUACAUCUAUGAUCCUAAAGUUGAAAAUAUUGUAAAAAUAAUAAAAAACAACAAAAAAACAAAUAAGAGAAAACAUAAAAAUGCAAAGAACAAGAACAACAAGCAGCAUAAAACACAAGCAACAAAAAUUAUUGAAAACGCUAAUCGAAGUUGGCAUUGUAGUUCCGUAAAGUUGAUUUAGAUAAUGUACUUAUUGUAUAGAGACAGAGGCGCCGAGAGACAAGCAAGAGGGGACUGCAAGCAUAGAGUUUAGAGUUGUCGCCUGCUUAUGCUUUACAAGUAUUUUAACCUUCCUCGUCUAAAACUACAAAAUAAAACAAACAAAAAAUGAAAUGAAAAACAAUUCCUGACUGAAGCCUGAGUGCAAAUGCAAAGUCAACGCCUUCAAGGCAGCAAUAAUAAUAAAACAGUUUUGAACUACUCAAAAAAGAAUACAGCAACACAAGAUAAAUGUCACUAUAAAGAUAUAUAUUAUGGAAGAUUCAAUUUUUUGCUAUAUCCUUUUCAAAUUAGUUUCCUUUUAUAUUCUUUUAUGCCAAACUUAUGAAAUAUUGAAUAGAAAUCGUUAAGGUUUUUGAAAAUCUCUUGAAAAUGUGUCAGAAAAUUUCAAUAAAUCGAUAAUAUUUGAAUGUUUGAAGCGAAUUUCGAUAGAUCCGACACAUAAAUCGAUUUUUUAAUGUUGCGAUACAUGUGCAAUAAAUCUUUAUUCUGUUUAAACUAAAAUAUUAGGGAAGAGGUAACAAAUAAUAUUACUAACUCCAAUAUUUUAAGAUUAAAUGCAUUAUUUUUCCAUAUUUUUGAUGCUUUUUCAAGAGAUUAGAAAUCCUGACCUAUUCUUAGACUAGAAUUUUGUUACAACUUGUUUUUAAUAGAUUAUUCUAGACUUGUUCAGGUUCUAUAUUUUUAUAGAUUCUUUUCCUUUAUACGUUUUUAUCUUGGCACAUCUAGUCAAAGACAAUUGUUUAAAUUAGUGCGUUCAAUUGUUCUUUAACAUAAAUCACUUACCUGUUCUGCUAAACGCAAGGAAAAGCUGUUUAAAAAUUAAAUACAUCCAUAAUUCAUCAAUAUUUUCCAAGCAGUGUAAUUUGUCACAAGUCAGCCUGAAGGUAUGCACCGAAAUGUCACAUUCACACACAGCGAACUGUCGCCUGCCGGUAUGCACCGAAUAUUUCACGUCUUAUGUAUGGUAACACACACUAUCACACCAAAGAGAUGGCACCAAAUAAUCUCCGCGAAGUAUGCUACGAAAGAGCACACAUUCCACACUCUCUCUACACCUUGUUAAAUUUUAAAACCAAGUUGGUUGGAUUGAUCGGAACAAUUAAUUAAAAUAUAUAGGGUAAUGAGUAAAAAACGAACAAACAACAAGAUUUAUGCUUCUGCCCAAAAAAAAAAACAAA